AAAACUACAUGGUUUGUGUGUUGGAACAAAACUCUGAAGGGCUGCGGCCCUCUAGGAACUGAGUUUGACACCCCUAUUCUAGGCAAUGUUGGUCCUGGAGUGCCGCUGUCCUGCAGAGUUUAGCUCCAACCAAACACACCUGAACCAGCUAAUCAAGGUCUUCAGAAUCACUGAGGCUACAGGCAGCGUGUCCUCCUCACGCCCCUCUCAGCUGGUGACGCGCGGGGCUCAUUUCCGGCGACCGCAGUCUGUUGUUGAGUGUACCGUUCUGUUCAGAGUCGGGAUGGUACUCAUCAAGCAAUACCAGGUGCUGUUGCCAUGUUCAGUAGAAGAGUACCAGGUCGGCCAACUGUACUCGGUUGCAGAGGCCAGUAAGAACAACACAGGGGGAGGAGAAGGCAUCGAGGUCCUCCGAAAUGAACCUUACGAGAAGGAUGGAGAGAAGGGCCAGUACACCCACAAGAUCUACCACAUACACAGCAAGGUUCCUGGUUUUAUUCAAAUGUUUGCUCCUGAAGGAGCCCUGGUUUUUCAUGAGAAGGCCUGGAACGCCUACCCAUACUGUCGCACUAUCGUUACAAAUGAAUACAUGAAGGAUGACUUUUUCAUUAAGAUUGAAACCUGGCAUAAACCAGACACGGGAACAACUGAGAAUCCUCAUGGUCUUCCUCCUGAGGAGUGGGAGGACAUUGAGAUUGUGCCGAUCGAUAUAGCUGAUCGCUCUCAGGUGGAUGAUGUGGACUAUAAACCAGAAGAGGACCCUGCUAUCUACCACUCGGAGAAAACUGGCAGAGGACCUCUGGGACCUGAAUGGAAGAAAGAGCUUCAUAAUGGUAACUGUCCCUACAUGACGGCGUACAAGCUGGUGACGGUUCAUUUUCGCUGGUGGGGUCUGCAGGGACGUGUGGAGAACUUCAUUCAUAAGCAGGAGAAAAGGCUUUUCACUAAUUUCCAUCGGCAACUCUUUUGUUGGCUGGACCGCUGGGUGGACCUCACUAUGGAUGACAUUCGUAGGAUGGAGGAAGAGACACAGAGGGAGCUGGACCAGAUGCGUAGCCAAGGGUCUGUGCGAGGGAUGAAAGCAGGCGAGGACUAGGGAGAGCCAAAAAAGAAUGGAAGAAACAAAAUAGGGGCUACUUUUUAUUUUACCUCCUCCAGUCCUCAUGGCCAAUCACAACGUGCCACAUCAUCAAGCCCUUCCAAACAGAAAACGGUCAUCCCUUACCCAGGACAUGUCCAUUACCAUGAGUGUGAAUGCGUUUAAGCGAAUGUGCACAGUAUGCAUGUGUAUCCGUGGUUUGUGCAGUCUGACUUUAAACCUCAUCAUUUGCUGCCAAAUUCGUUUGGAUUCACUUAAGAUACGUUAAGUGAUACCGGCAUUUCUUUUUAUAAUUAAGUAUUAUAACUGUUUAAUGGUUUUUGGUUCAUUUUGCAACCAUCAGCUUUUUACUGAGUACGCCAGUGGAGUAACGAAUCCCAAGCCCGUUCCACAGAGAGUCUGAGGAAACAUUUCACUACAUGUAUUUUGACCAUAAAUAAAUGACUAAGUAAUUUUACUUCUUAAUUCUGUUAAAUUUGUCAUGUUCAGGAAAUAUCGGUGGAACUUGUAUAUGCCUCAAGAGGUAGGAUCAUUGAUGUCAGAAUAUAGAGUAAUUGAGAUUAAAGGGAAACAGAAGGCUUGUUGAACUCAUGCGGCUUAAAGCAUAACGGUUUUCUGGUUUAGUUACGGUGGUCUUUUGGUUUGGUUCUGCACUGAUUGCAGUGUGGAUGUCAUUGAGAGCAGUGGAUGGAUAUGGUUUCAUUUUUAAACUGAGUGUAAGAGCCUUGAAACCCCUCCCACCUUUGACUGACAUGCCACAGGCCACACCCCUCUUCAGUGGGGAUGGUCUGAAUUUUUGGAGAAUGAAGUACAAUUUACAAUACUGUAACAAAUAAAAGAAAACCUCAUUGAC